GUUGUUGUGAAACCGCAGCGUGGUAUCAGUUUUUUAACCUGUUCGGCCUUGCAUUGUGCAAAACAUCUGCAGUUGUUAUCAGUUCACCCGAGUGCUUAGUUCAGGGUAAACUCAGUUCGUUGAUUUAUUCGAAAUAGAUGCAUGGUUGUAUUAUCAGCUCUGGCAUUCGUUAUUUCGCGCCGUUCGGAUCAAUACACGUUUUGCAUUUUGAUUGAAUUUUAUUAAUCGGUUAAUCAUGAUCACUGUAGUGCCCAAGAGUGUGAAAUUAAAUAAUGGUUUGGAAAUCCCGAAACUUGGUUUGGGUACUUAUCAAGGCCAAAGAUUGGAGGAUAUAAUCGAUUUUAGUAUCGAAGUUGGUUACAGACUGAUUGAUACAGCUUAUGUGUACCAAAAUGAGAAACAGAUCGGUAAUGCUUUGUAUAAGAAGCUGCAUCCAAAAAAAAGUAAAAGUAAAAGAGCUCAGCAGAUGGUUAAAAUCGAACGAGAUGAUUUGUUCAUCGUUAGUAAGUUGUGGAAUACGAAGCAUAGACCGAAGGAUGUGAUCCCAGCUAUAAAACAGUCACUGUCGGAUUUACAAUUGGAGUAUUUGGAUUUGUAUUUGGUUCAUUGGCCAUUCGCUGCCAAGCCGGCUGCGGAUGAAUUCGAGAUAUUUAAAUUGGAAGAAGACGAAGGUGUAACCUUGGAGGAGACUUGGCUCGCGAUGGAAGAAUGUGUCAAACAAGGUUUGACCAAAAGCAUCGGUUUCUCGAAUUUUAAUAGUGAGCAGAUUGACAGAAUUUUGAAAAUUUGUACCAUUAAGCCGGUUGUGAAUCAAGUGGAAGUUAAUCCUUACAUGAAUCAGAAAAAAUUAAUCGAGUUUUGUAAGCAGAGAGAUAUACACAUUAUGGCUUACAGCCCAUUUUAUGGUCUGAGUAAACUUGGUGGCGAAGGAUACGGAUUAAAUAUGUUCGAAGAACCGGCCAUCAAAGACUUGAGCGAAAAGUAUCGUAAAACCGAAGGACAAAUCAUACUCCGAUUCUUGGUACAACUUGGAACGAUCCCGAUCCCUAAAUCUGAUAAUCCGAGGAGAAUGCUGGAAAAUAUAAACAUAUUUGAUUUUGACCUGACAAGCGAAGAUAUGGCGAAAAUGGAGGCGAUAAAUAUGAAUUUGAGAUGUGUACCUAUGAGCUUAGUUUCCAUUCGCGUUGGAAUUCUAGUUUCUAAAAGGAUGAUUGCGAAAACCGAUGCUCUUUCUUUAUACGUUACUUCUGACGAUGAAGUUACGACGUUAACGUUUACCUUCGGUAAGGAAGUUGGGAAAUCUGUGCAAUUGGGAAUUGAUUUAGGAUACAGGCUCAUCGACACUGCGUUCAUGUAUCAGAAUGAGAAGCUCAUCGGUCAAGUUCUCGCUGACAAAUUUACAAAAGGUGAAAUCAAACGAGAAGAUGUGUUUAUCGUUAGUAAGUUGUGGAGUACGAAGUAUAAACCUCAGAAUGUAAUUCCCACGUUGAAAAGAUCAUUGACUGAUUUACAGCUCGAUUAUUUGGAUUUAUAUCUAAUGCAUAGUCCUAUAGCUGCUACGGCAGAAGACGAGUACGAAGUAUUUAAUUUAAUAGAAGAUAAUGAAGUCUCUCUAGAAGACACUUGGCUCGCUAUGGAAGAAUGUGUUAAGCAAGGCUACGCUAAAAAUAUCGGUGUAUCUAACUUCAAUAGUGUUCAAAUUGACAGAAUCUUGAAAAUAUGCUCUAUCAAACCUGUUGUCAAUCAGGUUGAAUGUAAUCCUUACAUAAAUCAGAAGAAACUGAUCGAGUUUUGUGAAGAAAGAGAUAUACUUAUCAUGGCAUUUAGUCCAUUUUAUGGCCUUAGCAAAACAGGCGGCGAAGACCACGGAUUAAAUAUGUUCGAAGAACCAAUCAUCAAGCAGCUCAGCGAAAAGUAUAACAAAUCUGCUGGGCAAAUUAUACUCAGAUUUUUGGUUCAGCUUGGCACUUUACCGAUACCGAAAUCUGAGAAUCCUGCUCGUUUGAAGGAAAAUCUUGAUAUUUUUGACUUCGUCAUUAGUGACGAAGAUGUAAUAAAAUUGGAAUCGUUGAAUCGAAAUUUACGAUGUUUACCUUUGAGCUCAUAUGCACAUUUCAAGGAGUAUCCAUUUACGAUCGAGUUUUGAUAUUGAAACCGAAGACUUCUAAUGAUCCAGAAUUAGGAUUUUUUCCCAGUUUUUGAAAGAUAGAAUAUUUUUCAGAGCAAAAAUAAUUCAUCAUUAUGUAUUUUUUGUACUGUUUAAUGAAUUAAAAGUUAAAACUUGUUUUUUGUGAA